GUUUUGUGCUGCCCUCAACGUGCCUGCAUGGUCAAAGAAGGCACAAAGCUUUGAAUUCAUUGGCCAGAACAGUGGUGCUAGUGCCUAGGGUCCAGUUUGGUUUUCAGAAUGAUGGAUUUAAAGGUGGAUGAUUUAGAAACCACCUUUUUGUUUUCAGCCUUUCUGCACUGAGCCUCCCUGCCUCUCCUCGUUUGCAGCUCGAUAAAGGCAGCCAGGUGCCUGCAGCUCACACCUGCCAGCUGAGCAGCAACUCCCCUCUGCGUGGAAUAUUUUGUAUUUUACCCUGGGAUCAUUACCACGAGUCUGAAAGUGUCUUUGAUACAGGAGACUCACGCAGGGACAAAAACCAUGUGUGUGCUGACUGGGAAAUGGAUCAACGACCUGGGCUCCACCAUGGUCAUUGAUGCUGUGGACAACGCUGGCAACUUCAAUGGUGUCUACCACACAGCUGUGACAGCCACCUCGAACAAGAUCCUGAAAUCACCGCUGAAGGGCUCCCAGCACCUCACAAACACAAAGAGCGAACCCACCUUUGGCUUCACUGUCAACUGGACCUUUUCAGACUCUGUCACUGUCUUCACCGGACAAUGCUUUGUGGAUAAGAAUGGAAAGGAGGUUUUGAAGACCAUGUGGUUGCUGAGGUCACAUGUGGACACCAUCGGUGACGACUGGAAAGCCACUAGGGUUGGCAUCAAUGUCUUCAGGAGAAUGCAACAUCAGAAGGAGUGAGAGUGAGAGUGGCUGUGCUGAGGUUCCUGGGCUGCAAUAGAAGCAAGGAUUCUGCCCCCACCUCCUGCCCCACUACCUGCUUCUGCCAAUAAAGCUUUUGUGACACA